AAACAGCCUCCUCCUGUAGAAAUCAUUCUUGGCUGGAAGCGAAUGACUUCUUUCCCUUCGGAGCGGAAGGAGCCGACAGUUUCCUGUGACAGGACGGCUCGCACACACAAAUAGGAAACCAGGGGCCCCUCCGUCAGCGACGCAUACCUGUCCGGGGGACGGCUUGCGAGCGCUUUGCCGCGUGAAGAGGGGAUAAAGGAAAGCGGCUCCGCAGGCAGGGCUCGACCUUUCCGUGCAGACCGACAGGGUACAGAGCUACUCCGGUGGUACCCGGUCUCCCGUCAGAAGGAAGAUGGAGCGGCUGUGCGGAGCAAAGCUCCCGUUCUGGGUAGCCAAUGAGACGUUCCACACAGACCGGCCCGACCUCUCAGAGUGUUUCCAGCUCUCUGUUCUGGCAUGGCUGCCGUGCAUCUUCCUGUGGGCAGCCUUUCCGGUCUACGUCUACUAUCUAAAGAAGAGCAGCCGAGGGUACAUCAUGAUGUCCAUAUUGAACAGGUUCAAAACAGUGUUUGGCUUGUUCCUUUGGAUCGUGUGUUGGUCAGACCUCUUCUACACAUUCCACGAGCUGCGGAUAGGUCACACCCACCCCCCCAUCUAUUUCAUCACCCCGCUGGUGCUCGGCAUGACCAUGCUGUUGGCCACCUUUCUGAUCCAGUAUGAGAGGUUACAGGGGGUUCAGUCCUCAGGGGUCCUCUUCAUCUUCUGGUUCCUAUCUGUGCUGUGCGCCAUCGUGCCUUUCCGCUCCAAGAUCCUGAAGGCCUCCGGCCAGGACGACAUUCCAGACAAGCUGCGUUUUACUACCUUCUACUUAUACUUUGGCCUGAUUCUCUGCGAGCUCAUCCUCUGCUGCUUCAAUGAGAAACCUCCUCUCUUCUCCAAUGUUGUCACUGAUCCUAAUCCGUGCCCUGAAACUACAGCGGGCUUUUUGUCCACCGUUACCUUCUGGUGGUUCACAAGGUUGGCCAUCAAAGGGUACAAAAUGCCCCUUGAAGCCAAAGACCUAUGGUCUCUAAACCAGCGCGACAGCUCUGAGAAGAUGGUGCCUAAACUUCUGAAGGAGUGGGAGAAGGAGCAAGACAAGGCCAGGAGCAGCGAACAGAAUAUGACCAGCCAGGCAGUAUAUGCUAAGCCCCAACCAUCGACCACCAACCACGUCUCAGGAGGAACUGGGGGAAAUGAAAGCAGCCCAGAGGAAGUGGAGGUGCUGCUGUCCAAAGCAGCUCCCCAUCCGCCAUCCUUCCUCCGUGCCCUCAUCAAAGCUUUUGGUCCCUACUUCCUGAUUGGCUCAGUCUUUAAGCUCCUGCAGGAUGUCAUCACCUUCGUCAACCCUCAGCUGCUCAGAAUGUUGAUCUCCUUCACCAAACAGAAGGAUGUUCCUGAUUGGUGGGGUUACACGCUGGCCUUCCUCAUGUUCGUCACAGCUCUGCUGCAAACCCUCAUCCUCCACCACCACUUUCAGUACUGUUUCGUCACUGGCAUGAACGUCCGGACAGCUCUCAUAGGAGCCAUCUACAGAAAGGCCCUGGUGAUAACUAAUGCUGCCAAGCGUUCAUCUACAGUGGGAGAAAUAGUAAAUUUGAUGUCUGUUGAUGCGCAAAGGUUCAUGGAUCUCACCACGUUCCUCAACAUGCUGUGGUCUGCUCCUCUGCAAAUUAUGCUGGCGCUGUUUUUCCUCUGGCAGAACCUUGGUCCAUCUGUGCUCGCUGGAGUGGCUGUCAUGGUCAUGCUGAUCCCCAUUAAUGCCUUCAUUGCCAUGAAGACACGAGCCUAUCAGGUGGAGCAGAUGCAGCACAAGGACGCUCGUAUCAAGCUAAUGAAUGAGAUCCUUAACGGCAUCAAAGUCCUCAAGCUGUACGCCUGGGAGAACUCCUUCAAAGAUAAGGUUCUGGCCAUUCGGCAGAAAGAACUUGACGUCCUUCGAAAGACAGCCUACCUGGGAGCGCUCUCCACAAUGGCCUGGACCAGUGCCCCUUUCCUUGUUGCCUUGACGACCUUUGCUGUGUAUGUCACUGUGGAUGAGAACAAUGUGCUGGAUGCAGAGAAGGCCUUUGUGUCACUUUCACUUUUCAACAUCCUUAGAUUUCCUCUGAACAUGCUGCCCCAAGUGAUCAGCGGCCUCGUCCAGGCCAGCGUCUCACUCAAGCGAAUCCAAAAUUUCCUGAGUAAUGAUGAGUUGGACCCAAGCUCAGUGGACAGAAAGAACACCAGCUCCGAGUUUGCAGUCUCAGUAAUCAGUGGGAAAUUCACGUGGGCCAAAGAAGAUCAACCAGUUCUGAACAACAUCAAUGUGAUGGUGCCGCAGGGCUCCCUGGUGGCUGUCGUGGGCCAUGUAGGCUGUGGGAAGUCCUCCCUGAUCUCUGCAAUGCUGGGUGAUAUGGAGAAAGUGGAAGGGGAAGUUUCUGUCCGGGGGUCAGUGGCUUACGUUCCCCAGCAGGCCUGGAUACAAAAUGCCACCCUGCGGGACAACAUUCUUUUCGGACGGAGCUUCAAGGAGCAUAAAUACCGCCGUGUGCUGGAUGCCUGUGCCUUAACACCAGAUCUAGAAGUGCUGCCCGGGGGAGACAUGACAGAGAUCGGAGAGAAGGGCAUUAACCUCUCCGGCGGUCAGAGACAGAGGGUGAGUUUGGCUCGAGCUCUGUACAGUCAGGCAGAUGUCUACCUGCUGGAUGACCCGCUCUCUGCAGUGGACGCCCAUGUGUCCAAACACAUCUUUGACAACCUUAUCGGUCCUGAGGGUGUUUUGAAAGGCAAGACUCGCAUCCUGGUGACUCACGGCAUCAGCUUCCUGCCUCAGGUGGACAAUAUAGUGGUGAUGGUAGAAGGCAGGGUCUCGGAGAUGGGCUCCUAUCAGGAACUGCUCAAACAGAAUGGAGCCUUCGCAGAGUUUCUCAGGAACUACGCUCUGGAAGACGUCAUAGAGGAGGACGAGGCCCUUGAUGAGUUAAUAGAAGAUGAGUUAUUCCCUGAUGACGUCCUUAGCAACCACCACACAGACAUGGUGGAUAAUGAACCCACUAUCAAUGAAGCCAAGAAAAGUUUUAUGAGACAAAUCAGCAUUCGGUCGGGAGACAGCGAGAUCUUCAGAUACCGCUCAGUCAGGAGGCACGGCUGCAGCCAGAGGAGGCAUCCAGAGCCUCAGGAGAAGAAGAAACCCCUGGAGGUGGAAAAACUCAUCCAGACAGAGACGGCAGAAACAGGACGGGUAAAAACCAAAGUGUUUCUGGAGUAUGCGAAGGCAGUAGGACUUGUGCUAUCGGUGAUCAUUUGCUUGCUGUACGGAUGCCAGAGUGCUGCUGCUAUCGGAGCGAACAUCUGGCUUAGCCAGUGGACCAACGACGCUUCGACAAAUCAGACCAAGGAAAAUGUUGACAUGAGGGUGGGGGUGUACGCAGCACUGGGCAUUGCACAAGGUAUCCUGGUCAUGAUCUCUUCCUUCACUCUAGCCAUGGGGAACAUCGGUGCAGCCAAAAAGCUGCACUUUAACGUUCUCAUCAACAAACUUCACACACCCCAGUCUUUCUUUGACACCACACCCAUAGGACGCAUCAUCAACCGCUUCUCCAAAGACAUCUACGUGAUAGACGAGGCGCUGCCGUCCACUGUGCUCAUGUUCCUCGGCACCUUCUUCGUUUCCCUUUCCACCAUUAUUGUUAUCAUUAGCAGCACGCCCAUUUUUACUGUUGCCAUUGCACCCUUGGCUUUCAUUUACGUCUUUGUCCAGAGAUUUUACGUUGCCACGUCGCGGCAGCUUAAGCGCCUGGAGUCGGUCAGCCGCUCUCCAAUAUACUCCCAUUUCUCUGAGACCAUCACUGGCUCUAGCGUAAUCCGAGCCUACGGCAGACACACUGCCUUUGUUCUAAUGAAUGAUAUAAAAGUGGAUGAGAACCAAAAGAGUUACUACCCUGGUAUAGUGUCCAACAGGUGGCUCGGAGUACGUAUCGAGUUCAUCGGGAACUGCAUCGUGUUGUUUGCUGCUCUCUUUGCUGUGACGGGAAAAGACAGUCUGAACCCUGGCCUUGUGGGUCUGUCGGUGUCAUACGCUCUUCAGGUGACCAUGUCUCUGAACUGGAUGGUCCGGAUGACUUCAGACCUGGAGAACAACAUAGUAGCGGUGGAGAGAGUGAAGGAAUACUCAGAAACCAAGACAGAGGCCCCAUGGGAGGUGGAGAACAAGAAGCCCCCUCCUGAAUGGCCCAUGGAGGGGAACGUGGAGUUCAAGGAGUACAGCGUUCGCUACCGCGAGGGUCUGGAUCUCGUCCUGAAGAACAUCACGCUGAGCGUCAAGGGAGGAGAGAAGAUCGGUAUCGUGGGUCGCACAGGAGCUGGGAAGUCUUCCAUGACCCUUUGCCUCUUCAGACUACUGGAAGCUGCUGGAGGGGAGAUCACCAUUGACGGUGUGAAGAUAUCAGAGAUAGGCCUGCAUGACCUGAGGUCCAAACUCACCAUCAUUCCUCAGGAGCCCGUGCUCUUCUCUGGAACGUUGCGGAUGAACCUGGACCCGUUUGAGAAGUACAUUGAUGAAGAGGUGUGGAAAGCCCUGGAACACUCUCACCUUCACAGGUUUGUCACUAACCAGCCGGCAAAACUGGAGAUGGAGUGUUCGGAGGGAGGAGAGAACCUCAGUGUGGGCCAGAGGCAGCUGGUGUGUUUGGCUCGGGCUCUCCUGAGAAAGACCAGGAUCCUCAUCCUGGAUGAAGCUACAGCUGCUAUCGACCUGGAGACAGAUGAUCUCAUCCAGUCCACCAUCAGAACUCAAUUUGAAGACUGUACCGUCUUCACCAUCGCACACAGACUCAACACUAUUAUGGACUACACAAGGGUGCUGGUGUUGGACAAGGGACAGAUAGCAGAGUUUGAUACUCCCACAAACCUUAUAUCAAAAAGAGGAAUCUUCUACGGCAUGGCUAAAGAUGCAGGACUGGCACAGUAGAAGUGCCUCUUUGUUCCGACGUUGAGAAUCAGCUUAGCUCACCACAGCCCAACUCUAGGCUUUAAACCUGGGAGCCGAGCUGUGCAUCACUUCUUAUGUGGACUUACUACAUGCUAUGAUUAUCUUUGUUUUUAGGGGCACUUUCUGCUCAUUUUGAAUGAAGCCUGAACUCUUUUGCAGACUUGGGUCAAAUAGCACUUGGAAGAAGUUCUAGUUCUCGUCAAAACAGGUCAGGUCUAUUUAUGAACUGUAAACCUUCAGCCACCCUUACAACAAUCCAUCUGUCAUAUGAAUAGGAAACAAAAAGCCAUACAUGCAGAUGCUACUUGACUCAAGCCUGCUCCUUUGUGCCUUCUGCCAGUGGGAUAAGAAAGCCAGUGAAUGUAUCAUAUUUUAACUCGGCUGACUGUUGCAAGUCAACUAAAAAGGAGGAACUUUUAUUUUACUAUUCAAAGAAGACUGUGCCACUGUACCUUCCUCAUGAGAGUCAAAAAACGUACACUUUUGUGAUAAAACCCCUGUUAUUUUUUUACUGUACGUUUAUUUAAGAUACUUUUGAGAGAUUUGUAUUGUGUAGGGAUGUUUGCUCAAUUAAAUGUGUGAUUAUUCUGUGAACCAAAUCUAUAAAAACUUGAAUUCUGUACCACCAAAAUAGUAAAACAUUUUUAUGCGUUUAUUUAAAAAAAACAAUUCAAGGUCAA